AUGAAUGCUCCGGACAUCACUCCUGAGCCUGCAUCCGAAGAAGACAAGGAAAAUUCCAAACCUCCUGUCACAUACCGCCUCUUCGACUGUCACGGUUGUAACAGAGAGUCGGAAGAUGGAAACGCUGGACGGCGAUGGGCGUGUCCAAACGGACUUAUCUUGAAGGGCAAGGAAUUUGAGUUAAGGUCCCAUGACUCCAAAGAGGAGAGCUUUGAUGACAUAUACCGGCUGGAUCCUACCUCAAAAACUCCUAGUGGUGUGGACGAACUCGCCCAAGUUCUGCAAAAGGAGAUACCCAAGCUCACAUUCAACUACUUUGGCAUGCACUACACCGCCUGGGGUUUCCCAUCCAAGGUUAAAGAAGCCUUCGAUAAAGCUCACGUAGCACCAAUGUUCAAGAGCGUGGGCUCAGCGACAAUUUGUUCUUGGACAUUAGCCACCGUUAUGCGUGAGUUACUAGCAGAUGGUAAGGGGGGUUUGGUCAAAUAUGCGAGCGAGUGGUCUGUUGAGCCAGAGGGUGUUGAGGGCAUUGGUAUCAUUACAGGGCUACGUGAGAACACGAGUAGGUCUAGGGAGCUCGACGGUCUUGUUGGUGAUGGGAGGGGGCAUGUGCCUGAUACGAUGUUUGGUGAUCUUGUAAGCCUUCUUCUACAGGACAUGGAAUAG